GCUCGGCGUCUCCUUGAGAGCUGGAAUGCGUGCCGCUUUCCCUGCGAGUUAUUAAGCAGCAAGAGGUUCAGAAGGGCAAAGCUGAAGGAUGCCGUCUGAGGUGUGCCUCAGCAUUCAAGAUAUGCUGACUGGUCAGAGACUUUGCCAGUCCAACUCCCAUAAUGAUGCUGUCUUGGCUGCUCUGAACCAACAAAGAAGCGACGGGACACUUUGUGAUAUAACUCUCAUUGCAGAAGAACAGAAAUUCCAUGCCCACAAGGCAGUCUUAGCAGCCUGCAGUGACUACUUCAGAGCAAUGUUCAGCCUUUGUAUGGUUGAAAGUGGAGCAGAUGAGGUGAAUUUACAUGGCAUCACAAGCAUAGGUUUAAAGCAAGCUCUGGACUUCGCAUAUACUGGACAGGUUCUUUUGGAGCCAGGAGUGAUCCAGGAUGUGCUUGCUGCAGGGAGUCACCUGCAGCUGUUGGAGAUGCUUAGUUUAUGUUCUCAUUAUCUUAUCCAGGAGUUAAAUAGCUUUAAUUAUUUGGACCUCUAUAAGCUUGCUGACCUCUUUAACCUCACUCUGCUGGAGAAAGCAGUGGUCGACUUUUUAGUGAAGCACCUCUCUGAGCUACAGAAUAGCCACCCGGAAGAAGUCCUGGCGCUACCGUACUGCCUCAUCCGAGAAGUCUUGAAGAGUGACCGACUCACAUCGCUCAGUGAAGAACAAAUCUGGCAGCUAGCUGUGAGGUGGUUAGAACACAACUGCCGAUAUCAAUACAUGGAUGAACUUCUGCAGUAUGUUCGGUUUGGACUUAUGGAUGUGGAUACAUUGCAUACAGUAGCCCUCUCUCACCCUCUUGUCCAAGCUAGUGAAACUGCAACAGCACUUAUCAACGAGGCCUUGGUAUAUCACCAGAGCAUCUAUGCACAACCAAUUUGGCAGACCAGAAGGACAAAACCUCGCUUCCAGUCAGACACUCUUUACAUCAUUGGUGGGAAAAAAAGGGAGAUUUGCAGAGUUAAAGAGCUGCGAUACUUCAAUCCUGUAGACCAGGAGAAUGUUCACAUUGCGGGGAUUGCAAACUGGAGCGAACUGGCUCCCAUGCCGGUUGGAAGAAGCCACCACUGUGUUGCUGUAAUGGGAGAUUUCCUCUUUGUUGCAGGAGGCGAGGUUGAGCAUGCUACUGGUCGCACUUGUGCAGUACGGACCGCUUGUAGAUAUGACCCUCGUAAUAAUUCUUGGGCUGAAAUAGCUCCAAUGAAGAAUUGUCGUGAACAUUUUGUGCUGGGAGCUGUGGAUGAAUACCUCUAUGCAGUAGGAGGCAGAAAUGAGCUGCGUCAAGUUUUGCCAACAGUUGAGCGAUACUGCCCCAAGAAGAACAAAUGGACUUUUGUCCAGUCUUUUGACAGAUCCCUCUCCUGUCAUGCAGGAUAUGUUGUGGAUGGUCUUCUUUGGAUAUCAGGAGGAGUAACGAAUACAGCACAAUAUCAAAACAGGCUAAUGGUGUAUGAUCCUGCCCAAAAUAAAUGGCUUAGUCGCAGCCCCAUGUUGCAAAGGAGAGUCUACCAUUCCAUGGCUGCUGUUCAAAGGAAGCUAUAUGUUUUAGGGGGCAAUGACCUGGAUUAUAAUAACGACAGGAUUCUCGUCCGCCACAUAGACUCCUACAAUAUAGACACUGACCAAUGGACACGCUGCAGCUUCAGUAUGUUGACAGGCCAAAAUGAAUCUGGAGUUGCUGUCCACAAUGGCAGGAUAUAUUUAGUUGGUGGCUACUCAAUUUGGACAAAUGAACCCUCAGCCUGUAUCCAGGUGCUGGAUGCUAGUCGGGAAGGCAAAGAAGAAGUCUUCUAUGGGCCCACCUUGCCUUUUGCUUCUAAUGGAAUAGCGGCCUGCUUUCUCCCUGCUCCCUACUCCACGUGCCCAAACUUGCAGCCUUUGCAAGUGCCUCACCACAAGAUAGGCGCUAUGUGAGAAGGGAAGCAGGACUGACAAGCUGCCUCAUUCAUCCUGACUUCAUCUUUGAAUCAACCAAAAUGAAGAGUCAUUGAAAUUGU